UGUCAGGGGAGAUUUGUCAUUCGAAUUAAAUUAAAGUCAUCAUGGAAGUUGCAAUGGUACCACUGGGCACACACUAGUUGAAUCAACAUUGUUUCCAAGUCAUUGCAAUGUAAUUACGUUGAACCAAUGUGGAAUUGAAGUUGAAUUGACAUUGUGCCCAGUGGGGUGGCUUCUGUCCUCUCUAGCAUGGAGAUAAAAACAGAAUAAGGCCUACUGGGUCAGAAAAAUCAGUCCUGACAAUGCUUCAACCUCUCCUCUCUUUUGUAACUACUUCAUUCUUCCUUCCGUCCCCAUAAACUCACUCUGUUCUGCACCAGGCUUCACACUCAAACUAGAACACCACAGUUCAGCUUCCUCUUCCGUCCGUUAAGAAAGUACCUCUCUACCUUUACUUCAACAAGGUCAGUCUCACUGAAACUUAAAAUCUGUUCUACAAAAAAAACCUGGUUAAAAUAGCAGCACACACAGUUGGCCUCCUGCCCAUGACCAAGAGACCAUGACUAAGAGACCAUGACCAAGAGACCAUGACCAAGAGACCAUGACCAAGCACAACCAUCUCCAUCAGUGAUGCGUGUGUCAGCACGGAGGGUGUUAACAGGGCUCCUGAUCCUGGGUGGAAUCUCCACCCUGACCCAGUUCCUGCGUUUCUGUCUACCCUGCCGGCAGCCAUCCCAGGGUGCGGGCGAACCUGUGACCGUGCUGGUCCGGGACGGGUGGAGGGUCAGUUCUGACGUUCCCCUGGUGUUUGUGGGAGGGGUGCCUCGCUCCGGGACCACCCUGAUGAGGGCCAUGCUGGACGCCCACCCUGCGGUGCGGUGUGGGGAGGAGACGAGGGUCGUGCCCAGGAUACUGGGCCUUAAGCUGGGCUGGGCUGCUGAGAAGGAGGGGGUCAGCACCAAGGUCCUGGACCGAGCGGUCACUGCCUUCCUCCUUCAAAUCAUAGCAGGACAUGGGGAGCCAGCACCUCUACUCUGCAAUAAAGACCCCUUUACUUUGAAGAGCGCUAAGUACCUCGCUCACCUUUUUCCCAACUCUAAGUUCCUGCUGAUGCUGAGAGAUGGCCGAGCGGCGGUGUACUCUAUGAUUUCGCGUCGCGUGACGAUCGGUGGCUUUGACCUCUCCAGCUAUAGGGACUGCCUGGCCAAGUGGAGCCGAGCCACACAGGCCAUGCUGACACAGUGCACUCAGGUGGGCAGUAAGAGGUGCCUGGCUGUGAGGUAUGAGAGGCUGGUCCUCCACCCUCGCUCCACCCUGCAGACAGUGCUAAAGUUCCUGGGUCUGCCGUGGCACGAGGGGGUUCUGCACCAUGAAGAGGCUAUAGGAAAACCUGGAGGAGUCUCACUGUCAAAAACGGAACGGUCCACAGACCAGGUGAUGAGGCCAGUGAACUUAGACGCUCUGACUCGGUGGGUAGGUCACAUGCCCCCAGACGUAAUGGCAGACAUGGACGCUAUCGCCCCCAUGCUGGGGAGACUAGGCUACGACCCCAGAGCCAACCCACCUAACUACGGACAGUCUGACCCACAGUUCCUCAACAACACACAAAGGCUUCUGAGGGGAGACUUUAAAACUCCUGUAGCAAGCCUACAUCAGAAAGGACGUCCUCUGAUGUCCAUAAAAGGUUCACAGACAGAGAGGUGACAGGGUCAGCGCCUGGAACAACGGUCAACGCUGACCUAUGACCCCUGAUUAUCCUCUCAGGGAAGACAACAGCAUCAACCAAAAGGCUGGUGGCUAAGCACCAAGCACAGUCAGAGGGCAUAACCAUGCAUGUGCUCUAGACCUCAUUGAUAGGAAGAAGUGAUGUACAAUGGAGAAAAGUAUAUUUCCAAAAUGUGUUUACUUACCUGAAUAGGUUCUCCCACUGCCUCCAUUUUUUUGGGGUCCUUACAAAAACAAAAUAAUGGCCAAUCUUCACUAUAUUUUUGGUGAUAUCAAAGUGCCGCCAGCAGCCAUGUGGAUGAAUGGAGACAAGGGAAAAAUAGGCUCUUUGAGAAUCCAAGAAUGAAUUACUUACACAAUCGUCUCUAACAUGUAGGCUCAGCAUUCCUGAACAAUCGAAUUACAAGUCAGAAUGUUGAAUAAACUUAUUUUUAACAUACUU